AUGGGCUCAUGGCUGAGGAGGCUUCUCCUGGUAUGCGCUUGGAUCUGCACCGCGCAUGGUGCAGGGAAGCGGAGGUCAAAGCCGCACAUUUUAUUCCUCAUGGUUGACGAGAUGGACGGCAGACUUCUGGACCAGGAAUCUCCACAGGUGAAGCUUCCACUGAAGCACUUGACGGCAUUAGCCAAGAGAGGUGCCCAGUUCGCCAACACCUACUCUUCAUCACCACUGUGCGUCCCUGCACGUGCAUCCAUGCUCACUGGCAGAUCCGUCUCACAAAUUCGGGUGUGGGACAACUUCCUUGGCAUUGCUCGUGUAAACGGCUCCCGCACGAACGUCGACCAGCGCUGCGUUGACGCCUUUUCUCUCGAGGAGUGUCGGACCUUCGCGGCGAAGCAGAACACCACUGGCACCUUCAUAGACGUGCUGAGAGACCAUGGCUACAACAUUACGAUGUGGGGUAAGGUACACGCUGGGGCAGGAAUGGAUCAGCUUGGGAACUAUGACGUCGAUGCCUUCAAGGGCGCGAGUCAACUCGGACAAGCGGCGCGCGCUUGGACACGGGCCACAGGCGUGGUGCGAAAAUCCCAGAAUCCGACGAAGUGGCUCCAUCGUCCAACCGGCCUCAGAGCCCCUGCCCCGGGUCACCACGACUAUGACACAGCCGAGAUGUGCACCCAACUGCUGCAAGCUGGGCUCUUCCACUCCUCCACGCCUCAGUUUCUGUACUGCUCCUUUACCAUCCCGCACCCGCCCUACCAAACCAACUCCACCUACUUCUUCGCGGUGCCUCCGCUUGGCGACCUGGCAGUACCCAAGUAUGUCAGCGAAGAAGAGAUGCACCCUGCGGACGUCUAUGCUGCGAAGGCGAAGGGCACCUGGGGCCUGGAUGAAGUGCGACCGGCGCUGAUCGAAAACUUUCGACGGAUCUACUUCGCGAUGUGCGUGGAGACGGAUAAGCUCCUGGGUCAGAUUUUGGCAGCAUUGCGGAAAAGUGGAAGCGACAAAGAUGCUUACGUGGUGAUGCUGUCAGAUCAUGGGGAUCAUGCGCUGGAGAAUCGACAGUGGCAGAAGAGCUCUAUGUUGGAGGGCUCUGUGCGGGUUCCAUUCAUUCUGGCCGGUCCGGGAGUUCGGCCGAGGAGGAUCCACCAGGUGGCUUCACUCCACGACGUUUAUCCCACGAUCCUAGACAUUGCCGGCAUUCCGCCCAGGGAGAAGCAUCUCAUUGGCGAGUCCCUGUUGCCGGCAGCGCAGGGCCACGGCAGGAAGAAGUUUCAUGUGGUCGCCGAGUACCAUGACUCGUAUUCCAGGACUGGGAUGUACAUGGUACGGCAGGGGGAUCUCAAGUACAUCUAUCACGCCCCGCUGCUCAGCGGUGAGCAGUGGCCACCACAGCUCUUCAACCUGUCGGUCGACCCCUGGGAACGGGCCAACAUAGCCAAAGACCACCCGAAGAUGGUGCAGCACCUCCAAGGGAUCCUCCGAAGUGAAAUUGAUAUCAAUGCUGCCGAUGCCGCGAAGAAGGCCUACGACAAGGAAAUGUUCUUGAAGUAUGUCUACUCCAAGAAGUCUGGCCCUGCGGGGUGCUUUGCUGCGAUGGAGUUGGCCCAUCCCGGGUUCGACGCCUACGAUGCGCACACAGUUGAGCAGUGGCUGGGACAGCGCUGCUGCCAAGUGAGGCCGGGCAGGCGCCAGCGAGGCGCCAAGUACCACACCCUGGAGUGCCCGAAUGGGGAGAGCCCCAGUGCGGCAAGCGAAGUAGGCGACGCAGUCUAG